UGUCAGCACCGCCACCUUUAAUCGGUCAGAGUUUUCUACAGCUUCGAGCAGUAUACAUUAAGAUGGCAAGUUUUGUGUCUACACUUUUGCUCCUUGUGGCGGCCUCCCAGGUCAACUGCCAACAGGAUACAAGCCCAUACGAACCACAUGAAACCUACCCACCUGUAACUAUCACCCCAGUUACUGUAACGGUGUUUGUGACGGACACGAUCACCCACACACUGAGGGAAACUACCACCUCCGACGUGUGGAUCACCGACCAGACCACAGUGACGCAGACUCUCACAGCCACUACCACUGACUGGAGCUUCGUGUCCUAUCGGCCAUCUACCAGGACCUCUGUUAUCAAAAUCACCUCCACACCCGUCGAAGUAGUGACUGCCACCAGCUAUGUCUACCCUCUGCGUACUAUGGUGUCUGAAUACACGUCUUUCUUUACUACCACGAGCGUUGUAGAGUUAUGGCAGAGCAUCACCCACGUGUCGGUAAUACACCAGGUGCACACGGUACCCGUGGUCAGUACUCAGGAGCUGGUGCAGGAAAUAGUCACUACCCUAACAGAGUUCAUCACCGUUACCGUCACCUCCGCCUCCCGUUAUGGACAUAAUUAAUGUAUCCUUGUAAUAAUUAACUUAAUAUAAAUAAAACUUGUUUUCUGCAUCA